AUGCUAUAUAAGAACAAGAGCAUACUGAGCUUACCAAAGUUGUGGAAGAGGCGACGGACCGACACAAUGAACCCGUCUGGAACCGUGAUGUCGCUGAGUAUUUGGGCUUUGUGCUUCUUGCUCUGUGUCUCUUUGGGAACGGAGGCUUACCCAGUGAAGCCCCCCAGCCCCAGAGAAGGAGCACGUCCCGAAGACCUGGCCAAUUACUUCUCUGCUGUAAGACACUACAUCAACCUCAUCACACGACAGAGGUACGGCAAGAGGGACAUCCUGGACAGUGGAUUUUCUGAUCUACUGCUCAGGGACAAUACGCCCACAAGCGACCAUAACGGGCCCCCAGAGACGCCCGGUCAAGAUCCAGAUGGACCUUAA